AAGGGGGGGAGGGGGAGGAGGGCCACCAGCCCACCGCCCCAACUCCUGCCACCACACACACACAGACACGCACACGCAUACACACACACCUCACCACAGCCACUAGCCUCACCACAACCACAACCACCACACACACACACACAUACACACACAUACUCUCUCUCUCUGUCUCUGCCAUGCCCAAGAAGCUCUACCUGCACUAUGAAGGCACUCCCGACUUUACCUACAUCGCCCAGGUGGAGGCCGGAACUACCGUGGCUGCCCUUGCUGCCUCCUUUGCCACCGCAUACGCCUCCGCCCAUCCUGCUGCUGGGCUCACGGGUCUAGUCCUCACCAAUGACGAUGGCCUCCCGCUCGCCGAUGCAGACCUCGAGGAUCUGGACGCGGGCGAUGACGUCCUGAUCGAGGCGGAGGUCAGCAAGCCCCAGACGUCACAGCAGAGCCCGGCUCUAUCCCCUUCCGCCCCGUCGGCUUCUGUGUCUCCUGCGGCGUCUACUUCUGCUCGCCACACGGCCGCGGCGGCGGUGGCCCAGGCCGCGGCGUCGUCGUCGUCGCAGGCGGCCAACAUGUCGACGGCGGUUGAAGUCGUCUCGCGGUCGCUGACCACCGCUCAGGCACUCACGGCCAAGAAGGCGUACCGCCGCGCCAUUGAGGUCUAUGAGCAGAUCAUCGCAGCCAUGCCGCAGCUCCCGCAGCCGUACAUUGGCAUGGCCCAGAUCUUGAUCGCCAUUCGCGACUUUGCGGCAGCGACGAACAUUGCCGAUCGCGGCCUAGCCAUGCUGGCAGAGAGCCCACCGCUCCUGGCUGCCAUCGGCCUCGACGUGGCGCAGGCCCGUAUCUCGCUCCUUCGCCUUAAGGCCUCAGCUCUCGGCGACGCCAAAAAGUACAAGAAGGCCAUUGCUGUUUUCACCGACGCCCUCGAGCUCGCCGACAAAUCCGACAAGGCUGCUGAUGCUCUUGACAUCCAGGUCGCUAUCGGCGAGGUCCUCUACGCGUCUGGCGAAGAGGACGCUGGCAUCACCCUCUUCCAGAAUGUGCUCAAGAUCAACGAGUCGCACUUUGACGGCCUUUACAACUUUGCGAUUGCCUGCGGCGACCGUGGCCGCCCGCUCGAGGCCCUCAGCGUCUUCCUGAAGCUGUUGGUGGCAGAACAGAAGCACAAAGGCGUCCGUGCCCGCAUCACCGACAUCGUCAUGGCCGACGGUGGUAUGGACCUUCUCGACGCCGCCAUCCAGGACGCCGCAAAGUCACCGGCAGCGCUCGCCUUUUUGGGCCUGCUCAUCAAGGAAAACUCGGCGCUCGACAGCUCAGUUGCGCUUUACGAGCGCGCACUCGCCGGCGCGCCAGACUCGGCCUCGUAUGUCCUUAAUCUGGUCCACGGCUACGAGAUUUGCGCUCAGUACGGUCAGGCAUGGGCAGCAGCUAUGAAGUUCUGUGCUGCCAACUCCGCGCUCGGCGUGGGCGGCUUGACCUGUGCCCGAGUUCUCAAGGCGCUCGGCGGUCUCAGCUCGCCGAUCGGGCUUCCCACGGCCUCGGCCUUUCUACCUGACUCGGACAUUGUUGCGGCUGCUGGCUGUAGCUACGACCCUACGCUUCCAUACAACACGCUCGAGCUGGUGGCUGGCGGUACAAACCUCUCGGACUCGCCGGCGACCGCUGCCGGCAUGCUUGAUGACGCCGAACUGGUCGAGGUCAUCGGGUACGACGCCCGUGAACUGGACCUCCUUGCUCUAUUCUGCACCUUGGUCAAGAUCCUGUUUAACGUCGGCGCUCUCCCGCCCACCGCCGCGCUCAUCCCACUCAUCGACGAGAUCCGUGGCACGCGCCCCAUUCACCGGACUACCAUCCGCAACGAGCAUGCGUAUUACUGCUGUAUUGCCCAGCUUCUCGCGUACCCGACUUCUGUGCCGGAUCCGGAGAUGCCAGUGGUGUACGUUGCCGGCGACUCGCACUCGCAGACGCCCGCCUGGCGUGUGGUCGCCCUCAAUGGCACUCCGCACCUCCUCGUACCCCGCCUUGUCACCGGGCUCAAGAUUUGGCACCUGCGCGAGGAAUCGCGAUUCUACCCCAAAGCCAACUUUUGGCGGGUCAUCGACACCAUUCCCGACGGCGCCACUGUUCUCACUAUGUUUGGCGAGAUUGAUUGCCGCGAGGGCUUCCUCGUCGCCGUCGCCAAGCGCAUCUACGAGACCGUCGAGGAGGCUGCCCGCGUCACCGUCAACAUCUACAUCAAGACCAUGCUCCGCCUCGUCAAUGACCGCAAGCUCACAUUCCUCGUCCAUCCGGCCGUCCCAGUCCUCAACGAGACCCGCUCGGUAGUCACCAUGUUCAACACCGUGCUCGGCGCCAAGCUGACACAGCUCAAUCAUGCGUCGAUCAAGUGGCUGCCGUUCUUCGACGCCAUGCUUGACCCGGCUGACAGCUCGGCGCUCAACCCCGCCUUUGAGCUCGACGGAACUCACCUCAACCCGACGUACCUCGACGUGCUUCAAUCCGGCCUUGAUGCUGCUCUGGCCAACUCUACUUCAUGAGGUAAGACCGCAAGUGCGCAAUGCUCUGCGGCUGCUUCACGCUGAUGGUGUUGAUGACCCGCACAGGCGCCGCACCGACGUUGAUCUGCGUCAAGUACGUCACCAUCGUCUGGCUUGGAUCGUCCGCCAGCGGCUUCAGAUGCCAGCCAGAGGCGUAAACCUCACCGCGGACCACCGA